CUCUGAUAACCUUCCUCCUUUCUCAAGUAAUUCUGAAGUUGGAAAUCUAACAGAGUAACCUAGUUAGCCAUGGAUAGCCAAGACGGAACUCAACAAACACACCUUGCACUCGGGCACAAGCGUUUCCUUGUUACUCACCCAGAUGUUCAAGACAUCGAGAAGGUCCGUCUCAAAGAAGAAGUUUUCGCUAUGGUCAAAGCCGACUAUAUGGCCUCGUUUUAUGAAACCCUAGCGGCGGAGUCGGUACUGGAGAUGGAUCAGAGCAUUCUUGACACGAUGCGAGCAAAGAUCGACGAGGAAAUUAAGAAGCUUGAUGAGAAGAUUGCUGAUGCUGAAGAGAAUCUGGGAGAAAGUGAAGUUCGUGAAGCUCAUUUAGCCAAGUCAUUAUAUUACAUUCAGAUCGGUAAUAAGGAAAAAGCUUUGGAACAACUGAAGAUAACAGAAGGCAAAACGGUUGCUGUUGGGCAAAAGAUGGAUUUGGUGUUCUAUACACUGCAGCUUGGAUUUUUCUACAUGGAUUUUGAUCUUAUUUCCAAGAGCAUUGAUAAGGCUAAGAACUUGUUUGAAGAGGGAGGCGAUUGGGAAAGGAAGAACCGUUUGAAGGUGUAUGAAGGCUUGUACUGCAUGUCCACUCGGAAUUUUAAGAAGGCUGCUAAUUUAUUUUUGGAUUCCAUUUCAACAUUCACAACUUAUGAGCUUUUCUCAUAUGAAACCUUCAUAUUUUACACUGUUCUUACAAGCAUUAUAUCAUUGGACAGAGUUUCCCUGAAGCAAAAGGUGGUGGAUGCUCCUGAGAUCUUGACAGUGAUUGGGAAAAUCCCUUAUCUUUCUGAGUUCUUAAACUCACUUUAUGAUUGUCAAUACAAAUCGUUUUUCUCAGCUUUUGCUGGAUUGACAGAGCAAAUAAAAUUGGACCGUUAUUUGUAUCCACACUUUAGAUAUUACAUGAGGGAGGUCAGAACUGUUGUGUAUUCUCAAUUUUUGGAGUCUUAUAAGAGUGUUACUAUUGAAGCAAUGGCCAAGGCUUUUGGAGUAACUGUGGAGUUUAUUGACCUGGAGCUAUCACGGUUUAUUGCAGCUGGAAAGCUCCAUUGUAAGAUUGAUAAGGUUGCUGGUGUUCUUGAAACAAACCGCCCUGAUGCAAAGAAUGCUCUUUACCAAGCAACAAUCAAGCAAGGGGACUUCUUAUUGAACCGCAUCCAGAAGCUUUCUCGUGUGAUUGAUCUAUGAAGUUGGUUGAGGCAUUUCCGUAAUUCUCAAAUGAGGCUCAAAUUUGUGAGUCACAAAGAAAUAUGUAGUAGGGACUCUUGUUGUUUGCUAAUCUGAUACUAGUUAAGAUUUCCUUUUCCCUUUUCUGCAAAUUUAUCAAGAACUAUAGUUGAUUCAGUUGUCA